UUGUAAACUGUGCAAUUUGAUUGGUGGAAACUCACUGAGGUCAAAGUUUCACUUCCGGGUUCGCAAGCCAACAUGGCGGAUAAAGAAAAGAAGAAGAAGGAAAGUAUCUUUGAUUUGUCCAAAUACAUCGACAAGCCGAUUCGAGUUAAAUUUCAAGGAGGACGAGAAGCAAGCGGUGUCCUGAAAGGGUUCGACCCACUAUUGAAUCUUGUGCUUGAUGGGACUAUCGAGUAUAUGCGUGAUCCAGAUGAUCAGCUAAAGCUGACAGAAGACACAAGGCAGUUGGGGCUAGUGGUCUGCAGGGGGACAUCAGUGGUACUUAUUUGUCCCCAAGAUGGCAUGGAAGCUAUUCCCAAUCCUUUUAUACAGCAACAAGAUGGCUAACACAGCACCAGUCGUCCAUAUGUACACGCAUACAUCUUGAUAUUUUGAAAAUAUUUUUUUGUUAUUACCAUUUUAAAAUCAAAGUAUUGCUCCUGUUUUUUUGUUUGUUUUUUUUUUAAUCUGUAAUCUAGCAAGCUGACAAACUUGCGAGCACUUCACUUUGCAGUGUGUACUUUAGUUGAAGCUUUUCUUCAUCAAGAAUGAGGCAACCCAUGACUGUUUUUGUUUGUGAUAAAUAAAACUAUUUUGAGUUUUG